AUGCGUGCAAAUUAUGCUCAAGGCGUUGAUGUUUAUUACCAAAAAAGUGGAUCUACCUACCGGAAUCUUCACUUUCAUGCUUUAAGGCCUUUGACUAUGGAUUGCUUGAGUCGUUUCUGGGAUCACGAUGAAAAGACUCGUAACUGUGGAUUUCAUAUAGUUGACUUGGCUUGCGGUAGUGGAGAAAUUACCCAAGUGGUUAGAGAAUGGGAAUCAUUGGGAAAGAAGGUACUUUCCGAAGGCGUUGCUUCUAGGACUAAACGAAAACUAUCUGUUCGUGAGAUUCCUUCCAACUUUCCACCGAUUCAGAUUGUAGCAGCGGAUCCCUACACCGGAGAAGCUUAUAAAAACAAUGUUGGAGUGCCUUGCUUUAAUUUAAACUUUCAGGAUAUUGCGGAUGGUAAAUUACCUCCUUCAGAAGGAGAAGAUGGAAUUUACGACCUGGUCAUUUGCUCUUUUGCUUUACAUUUGCUGACGGAUCCAUCAAAGUUAUUCGCUACCUGCUAUGCUUUAGCAGCCCAAUGUAGAUGGCUUCUUAUUGUUGGUCCUCAUAAGCAGCCAGUGUUAAAACCGGAAUGGGGAUGGAUACCUUGGAACAUAGAAACUUGGCUUCCACUGGAUUAUGGCGUUAACCAUGACCAUGUUAUAGAACGGGUGCAUGGUCGUUUUUUUCAAAGUAUAAACUUCUUGUAA